CCGUUGAUUCUGCAACGCAAUUGUAGCUACUGUUCUUGCUCUGUGUUGCUUUCAAAAUAUGCUGCAUUCUUUCAUUGCCGCGGCCGUGUUGCUGCUGAGCGGGCUGUACUUGUACGGCAAGCUCGAAGUCUGGGUCGCUGCUCGUCGCUUCCGCCGUCUGCACGGGGUAGUAAAGGCUAAACAUGCUCGCGAAGGCGACCGCUUUGGAAUUCUUUACUUCCUCCACAUGCUGCGCUCGCUGCGUAACCACACCGUUCUCGAGAGCCUGAAGGAGACGUUUGACAAAUGGGGCGAGAACUUUGAAGUCACGAUGCUGUUUCGCACGAAUCUGCAGACGGUCGAUCCCGAAAACAUAAAGACCGUGCUGGCGACGAAGUUUGCGGACUUUGACCUCGGUCGGCGGUACGAGGCUUUCUUCCCAACCCUCGGCGACGGCAUCUUUACGCUCGAUUACGAAGGGUGGUCGCAUUCGCGCGCGCUGCUGCGACCGCAGUUCUCGCGCCACCAGGUCUCGGACGUGGCGAAGCUCGAGAGCCAUGUGUCGAACCUGUUCAAGGCAAUGCCGCACUCUGCCACAGAGUCAUGCGAGAUCCAGGAGCUGCUGUUCCGAAUGACGAUGGACUCCGCGACCGAGUUUUUGUUUGGCGAGUCGGUUAACUCGCUUGUGUUGAGCGACGACGCCGCGAGUGAUAACGGGCCGGCGACGACGGCGCAGAGAGUCGCGUCCGACAGCGGCAAGCGCGGGUUCGCGGCCGCGUUCAAUAACGUCCAGGAAUACCUCUCGAUGCGGGUCCUCUUCCAGAGCCUGUACUGGCUCGUCAACACCUCCGAGUUUCGCGAGAACAACAUGAUCGUGCACGAGUUUGUGGACUACUAUGUCGAGAAAGCGCUCGCGAAACGGCACAGUAACGAAAAGAUCUCGUUGUCGGAAAAUCGAUACGUCUUCCUCGACGCACUCGCAGAGGAAACGCAGGACCCGCGCACGCUUAGAGACCAACUUCUCAACAUCCUCCUCGCCGGCCGCGACACCACCGCCGGCGCGCUCACGUGGGCGUUCUAUGAGUUGGCGCGGCACCCGCGUGUGUUUGAAAAGCUCCGGGCCGAGAUCCUCGAGCGGUUCGGCGACCAUCCAGGCGCGGAGGGCAAGCUUCCCAUGAACUUUGAGACGCUCAAGAACUCGCUUUACUUGCGGUACAUUCUCAACGAGAUCCUCAGACUGUAUCCCUCGGUGCCGCAGAACUUCCGCAUCGCAAACAAGCACACGUUCUUACCCCGCGGCGGCGGCCAGGACGGCACAGAGCCGAUCUUUAUCCGCAAAGGCGAGGCGGUUUUCUACUCUGUCUACUGCAUGCACCGCCGCAAAGACCUAUACGGCGACGACGCAAUGGAAUUUCGUCCCGAGCGCUGGGCCGAGGGCAAGACUUGGCACUGGGAAUACCUCCCGUUCAACGGCGGGCCGAGAAUAUGCCUGGGCCAGCAGUACGCGCUCACAGAGGCGGGAUAUACGCUCGCGCGCGUCGCGCAGGAGUUCGACACGAUCGAGACGACGGAUCCUGAUGAGCCUAAUGGGGUGCCGCUGAAGAAGGCGAAUUUGACAAUGUCGAGCGCAAAGGGGGUGCAUGUGCGGUGCUAUAAGAAGUGAUCUGGAUAUAUCUAUAGGAGUGUGCUUUGAAUUUUUCUACGUGGUAUCUUUCUUUGGGGGUAUUUUAGGCGUAGCCACUGUUUGAUGAGAAGUAAUGAAUUUUUUUUUUGGUUUUUUACUUUUAUAA